GUUUCACUUCUCAGAGAGAUGGACAAGAGCAGAUCAUACUUGUAGAGCAGGCUAAACCACAAGAAACAGAGUAAUUAAGGUUUAGCUUGCAUUUUUAAAACCUAACGCAUCAGAUCUACAUUUAUCUAAUGUACCACAGAUUUGUUUAGCGCUGGCGAUUUAAAAUCAGGUACAACAUUACAAGAUCAGCGGUUUGGUCCAGCUGGGGAAGGCAAUUACGGGCAUUCAUUGUAACUGUGGGAGUUCAGAUUCCAAGGAACCAGUGGGAGUGAUUCUGACCAUGAAUCAUUCAAUGGCGUAUAACAACAGUUCUGCAAAUGAAACCGAUAAAGAAUGUGAUCUGUAUGCUCACCGCAAUACAGCCAGAAUCCUUCUACCUUUGGUCUACUCCAUCAUAUGUAUUGUUGGCAUCUUUGGAAAUAUCCUAGCCAUAAUGGCCAUAAAAAGAAAACAGAAAAAAGUUAAUUCGACUACACUUUAUUCCAUGAAUCUGGUGAUCUCAGACAUUCUCUUUGCAGUUGUUUUACCUGCACGGAUAGUGUACUACGCACGUGGAUUUAACUGGCAGAUGGGUGAAGCACUUUGUAGAAUAACUGCACUCAUUUGUUACAGCAACAUAUAUGCUAGUGUAAGCUUCAUGACCUGUCUAAGCUUGGAUCGGUUCAUUGCUGUUAUAUAUCCAUUCCGCUAUUCAAAGUUCAGAAACAUCUACAACGUGAAAAAGAUCUGCAUAGGCAUCUGGAUCAUUAUACUCUGCCAAACAGUGCCACUGCUAAUAGUACAAAUGUCUAAAGAAGUUCAAGGCAAAUUCAUAACAUGCAUGGAAUAUCCAAACUUUGAAGAUUUGCCAAAUCUUCCAGAAAUGCUUCUUGCUGCUUGUGUUGUGGGUUACAUUCUACCUAUGUUCUUUAUGCUGUUUAGUUAUUCUAAAGUCAGUUCAAAACUUGUCAGAACAGCAAAACAGAACCCUUUAACUGAAAAAUCAGGGCGAAAUAAAAAAGCCAACAACGUUAUCCUACUUGUCCUUUUUGUGUUCUUCAUAAGUUUCACCCCGUACCACGUAGCCAUUAUGCAGCACAUGGUCAAAAAGUUGCUAUACACACCAACGUGCCAGGAGCAACAGCAGUUUCAAAUGGCUCUCCAUCUGACUGUUUCCAUAAUGAACUUCAACUGCUGCCUGGACCCUUUCAUAUACUUUUUCGCCUGCAAGGGCUACAGAAACAUUGUCUUCAAGAUGAUCAAGCGGCCAGUUAGUGUGUCCAUUUCAAGUGGAGUUAAGUCUGCAGUAGACAACUGCUCACCUACCACAGGGAAUCACUUUCACACAGGAGGGACAGCUUCUGAUGCCAAUUUAUAGACAAUCUGCCUGAAACUACUGGAAAAGUCCAAACAAAUCAACCACCGUAAUUAAAUUGAUAACCAGAUCAAGACCUCAGGAUAUGUAUGACCUGAUUACCACUUCCAGGAAAACACAUUCACUCCCACCACCGCCCACGCACCCUAGCUGCAAUGUGUACUAUCCGUAAGGUGAACUGCAACAACUCAUCAAGGUCCUUUCGACAGCAUUUUCUUGAUCUUGCAAUCUCUGCCACUCCAUCCAAAGAUGAACAACAGGAGCAGGCACAUUAGAAAAGCAGUAGUUUUAAGUAUUAUUUGGAAAUAUGUCUGCUGAAUCUGCAAUAUCAUUGGAACUUACUGCCCAGCAGCACUUCACUGGGUGGACUGCAGUGGUACAAGACUGUUCAACAAGUAGUACUGCACAACAGACAUUGACUUUGAUUUUAAUAAUAACUAUAGAUGAACGAAAAUAAAUGAGGUGGUUCUGUAUAUAUAUUGUUUAUAAAUGCAUUUUAAUCAUUUUAAUUUAUAUUUGUAGAUUUCUUCUUUCCUUGAAAUUUUGUUGCAUAAAAUAACCUAAAGGAGGAAUGUCAAUCACUUUCCAUUUGUCUGCUCAACGAGAUGGAGCUCUCUGGUAAUUCAGAGCUCAUAAUGGUGCGGGAUUUAUUCAUUUUCACUGGAAUUACAUGAUAACUCUUGCUCUAAUGUACUUUUUCAUUCAAUAUAAUAUAGCAGCCCCAAUAAACUUGCCCAUCUAAAUGAACCCCAGGAAAACACUGCUGGAACUUUCAUCUUUUAUUGUGAAACUUCACUACUCCAAUGUACCUUUGGUGAUUCUUUAGACUGCAGUAAACCUGUCUGAACUUGCGAAGAGCCCCAUUUACCCGUUGUCUCUGGGAUUAAGGAUUAACACUGGCCUACUAGUAUUGAUUCUUAAUCUUACCAGUUUUAUUUUUGCAUAGUUAUUCCUCUGUUCUAGCCCUUCAAUGAUCUUGGCUUUUCUUACCUUAGUAAGAAGCUCAAAAACGUUCCCUCAAUACUAUUCUUCCAAGAUCUCUAUGCCCUUUCAAUUCUGGCCCCUUAUGCUCUGUAACAGAAAACCUUCCUUUCAGUGCCCAAAGCUUAAAGCUCUGAAGUUCUGUCCAAAACUCCACUUGAUUUUCUAUAUUACUCUCCUUCUAAGACACUGCUUUAAAGCUACCUCUUUGACUAAACUUUAGUCAUCUUCCGUACUGUCUCCAUAUGUGGCUUCAGCACAGGUUUAUGAUGUGCCCUAGUUCAUGAUGUUAUAAUAAAGAUACUAUUUAAAUACAACUGUUGGAUAAUAUGAGCUUCAAGUAACUCUUUUUAAAUGCAUUUGCUUCAGCCUUGUGCAGAUUAGACUAAGUUCCUGAAUGGCAUUGCUAACCUGUAAUUUUCUACUGCAACUCUGUGCAAUGUUAAUAACACUUGUUCAACACCAGGUCCACAAUAGUCUUAAGAUAAUUACUGAAAAAAUAGAAAUAAAGACCUCCAUUUCUGUGGUGCCAUUCCACAAUCUUUGCAUGUC